AUGGCCCGAAAAGACAGCGAAAGCAGUUGCUCCAGUGAGGAUAGUCAUACUCAAGAAGAUUAUACUCUUGCCAACGAUGCUGUGACGACUAAAUAUAAUGUUGCUGCUGAUAUUACCAAUGCUGCUCUGAAGGAAGUUAUUGCUGCCGUUAAAGAAGGUGCAACUGUUGGAGAACUUUGUGACUUAGGUGAUAAGAUCAUUUUGGAGAAGACUUCGAAAAUGUAUAAAAAGGAGAAAAAAUUGACCAAGGGUAUUUCUAUGCCAACUUGCAUCUCUGUGGACAACUGCAUUUGCCAUUUCUCCCCACUACGAUCAGAGGCUCCGGUUACAUUGAAAAAUGGCCAAGUUGUCAAGAUUGACCUCGGAACACAUAUUGACGGUUUCAUCGCAACUGCUGCUCACACUGUUGUUGUUGGAGCUUCUAAGGAUAACAAUGUUACCGGACCUAUUGCAAAUCUUCUCAAAGGAACAUACGAUGCUCUCGAAGUUGCCAUUAGAUCCCUCCGUCCUGAUACCUUGAACAUGGAUAUUACCAAAAACAUCGAUAAAGUUGCUACCGAUUAUGGACUCACUCCAAUUGAAAAUAUGGUUUCUCAUCAACUUGAGAGAAACGAAAUUGAUGGUGAAAAACAAAUCAUUCAAAAUCCAGGGGAGAAACAACGGUCUGAACUGGAAAAGUUUAAAAUUGACAAACACGAAGCAUAUGCUAUUGAUAUUCUUUUUUCGACUGGAAAGGGUAAAGCCAAGGAUAUGGACACACGAACCACAGUUUUCAAGAAGAAUGAAGCCGUGCAAUAUCAAUUGAAAAUGAAGGCGUCUCGGGUUUUCUUCACAGAAUUAAACAAACAGCAUGGGCCGAUGCCAUUUUCUCUUCGUGGAUUUGAUGAAGAAACGAAAGCGAAACUUGGAGUUGUCGAGUGCGAGAAGUAUGGUCUUCUGACACCAUAUCCAGUUUUAUAUGAAGCUAAAGGGGAUUUCGUUGCCCAAUUUAAAGCCACUGUUUUGGUAAUGCCAAACGGUCUAUUGAAGAUUACAGGACUUCCAUUCGACUCUGAUGUUUACCAAGCUGAUGCUUCAUUGAAGGAUCCGGAAUUGAUUGCUAUUUUAAAGUCUGCCUUGAAGCCGAAAAAGAAGAAGGAGACAAAGAAAGAGGGAGAACCCGCUGCCGCCAAAAAGGCUUAA